CCAUCUUGGCACUUGACCGGUCCAUACUAAGGUCGUGUGAAGCGUCAAGUGAGCUUGCCAUUGCCGUUGCGACCCCUCAGCGGAGACUUUGGAUCGAAGGAAUUCUUGCAGUGGCGCAGCAGCAAAGCUUCUGGAGACCCAUACCUUCUAUUGCAGGCUUGCUAUCGCGACAAAGAUCCCAAGCUCUGAUUAAUCCAAGAUGCCGUCCAAAUCAAGAUGGCGCGACCCCAAGGCGCAGCACUUCCAGCUUGUUCAUCGUUCUCAACGAGAUCCUCUCAUUCACGACCCAGAAGCCGGCGACCGCGUUCUGAAGCAAGUCGAGCGUGCCAAUAUAGCUCGUUCGCAAGCAAAGGGCAAGUCCAGGGCGGAUCUGGAAAGCGAGUUGCCUGCUCUCGCGGUGCAGGCGUCUAAAAGAGGCAACAUCGGCGAAGCUUCCAACUACGGGAUCUACUUUGAUGACAUCGAGUACGAUUACAUGCAACAUUUGCGGCCUAUUGGCGCUGGAGGAUCAGGCAAUCUUCCGUCCAAUGCUGCGAGAGGUGGGAAGGAUGAAGAACAAGAUGUCGACGCCAUCCUGCUGCAAGCUCCGAAGCAAAAGAACCUAACAAAAGGCGAGACACCUAGCUUUGCGCUCAAAGAGGAUGCUCCGAGCACUGCUUCGCAUGAUGCAUCAUCUUCCAAGUUGCAGCUCCCUGCCAGCGUUUUUCCGUCGCAGAACGAGCUGCCUUUCUCCUAUACCUCGCACAUGCCGAUCGAACCCUCUUUACAAGGCUUCCAACCGGACAUGAAUCCGCAUCUUCGACAAACACUCGAGGCGCUCGAUGACGAUGCAUUCGUGGAUGAAGGCCUCGAGGACGACUUUUUCGACAGCAUCAUCACAGACGGCCAAGGCGCAGACGACGAUGCGGGCGCAGAGGAAUGGAUGAACCUCCCACCCGAAGGCGACGAGCGAAUAUGGGGAGACGAAGCAAAGGAGCUGGCGGAAAGGGGGAAAGCGGUGGAUGAAUCGGAGCUGACGCUCGAGCAGAGGGUCGCUCUGUUCAAACUCAAAGCAAAGAUGGAGCCCGCUCCAACAUCGAUGCCAAUUCAAACGACGCGCGCUCAUCCGGCUGAAAAGGAUGAAGUGGACGAAGCAGGCGAUGAGCUCGCUUCUUUGCCUUCUGGGAGCGGUGCAGGCAAGCGGCGAACGGCGAAUCGGCCCGCCUCUAGUGUAGGCGGCGCAUCCUCCAUUUUUGGCGAGAGCAAGAAUAGGUCGCGUCCGGGCGUCAAAGCACGCUAUGCAGCUAGCGACGCCGGCAAGUCGGCCUUCUCGAUGAGCUCAAGCGCCAUGUUUCGCAACAAGGGCCUGAGCGGUCUCGACGAACAUUUCGAUCAGAUUGAGCGGCUGUACGGACAGCGGUCGACUGACGAUGAUGGAGAGGAUAUGUUUCACGAGCAGGAAUGGGAAGAGGAUGACGAUGAUGAAGAAGCUGCGCGGGACCUCGCGCAGUCAACUGUGGCGAUAGGAGAAGACGGGGAGCCCAUCUCUCGCGAGGACUUUGACGGCAUCAUGGACGAAUUCUUGAAUGAUUACGAAGUGCUGGGCGGUAAGAUGCGUCAGACUCUGGGCGGUGCGAACGCAACGCCGGCGGAAAAGUUGGACUUGGUGCGCAGGGCGCUGGGUGAAGCAAAGCUGCGGGACGUAGCCGAGGAUGAGGAGGAGGAGCCCAUGCCAGAGAUCCGGGUCGUUGGGAGCAACAGAGAAAAGUGGGACGUCGAGUCCAUCCUGUCGACUCGCACCAACCUCGAGAACCAUCCGCGCACGAUCCGCGCCGAGGACAGCAUUAGCAUCGCGCCAACUGGCUCGAUGGCGGCGCGCUCAGCGUACAUGCCCGCCUCGAUCGGGGGCGGGGGUGCCUCCACCAGCGGCCAUGCAAAUGGCACUGCCAAUUUGGUGGCAGCAGACAAAGUGCCAAAGAUUAAGAUCGACCCGCGUACCGGCAUCCCGAAGAUCGUCGGUUACAGGACCGUAGGCAAGAAAAAGGGCAGCCCUAGCGAAUUUGGUUCAGAGGCAAAUGCUGCGUCCAGCCAAGAGCAACGCGAGGAUCAGGGCAACAGCCAAGAUGAAGGCAGUGACUACGAUAGCGAUGCAACUGAAGGACUAUGCCGAGAUACUAUCACUCGGCCCCGCGAUGAGACGGCCGAAGAGAAAAAAUCGCGCAAAGGAGCAGCCAAAGAGGCCAAGCAGGCGCGACGCAUGCAGAAGUCCAUGACCAAACAGGCCUUCGCAAAAGAGAGGAAGAAGCAGACCAAGGAGACGCAGGCGCGCGUCAAGGACGGAGGCGCUGCAGAUGUGGGUCGUAAUGGCAUUGCGGCCGGUGUGCUUCGGCUGUAAGGCCAAGCGGAAGGCUAUGGCUGGCAGUCAUGUAUAUUCAUCCGGUCUUCGACAAUACAUACAGACAUAUAUUUCCCACUGGUCCUCAAUGUGCUUCGCAUUGCGACUAUCGACGGAUGUGUGCGAGAU